AUGCUGGCACUCCGCUCGGGAGCAAGGGUGCUUCGUCGGUCAUCCGGACCUCUCGUCGCAUCAGCAACACAGCUGCGGCAUUUUACUUCUACCUCGCAUGCAGGCGAAAAGCGAUACUAUCCACCACCAGAACCCUUCACCAGCGGCGGUAGUGACACUAUCUCGAUUGAGCCGUCACCCUUCUCCACAUUUGGCGCUUCACCCGACCUUCUCACACACUACCUCUCACUUCAGCCUGCACCACUUACCCUUCGUCAGCUGAUGGCCCAAGGCGGCAAGCCGGGCCAAGCACUCACGCCAGAACAGCUGCUCCUCUCUGCACAACACACACAUCGUCAACUUCCCAUCCGGCUAGCAAGGCGGGUUGGAGGCUUCCGGGCGCUCCCUUUUAUCGUCGGCAGCAAUCCAUUCAUCUCCAGGAUAGCCAGACUGUACGCAUCGAGUUUCGAAACGCUCGUCAAGUUCGGUCAGAUUCAAACGCAGGAGGACAAUGUGCGUUUCACUGCCGUCAUCGAGGAUCUUGUCGCAGCGCACGCUCAAAACAUUCCGACACUUGCAAGAGGUUUCCAAGAGUCGAGAAAGUACAUGGACGCGAGGCAGAUCUCUGCUUUCCUUGAUGCGGCUAUUCAUUCGCGUAUCGCAAUCCGUAUGAUCGCCGAGCAGCACCUUGCCUUAUCGGCGACGAGCAACGAGCUCGGCCAUGUCCGACCCAAGACCACGAACAACAUCCGAGAUGAAGCAGACGGCCACCACCACCAUCACCAUCACACACUAGACCCUGAUCUGCCGCCAGAAGGCACAAGUAGUCAAGGCCACCAUCAAUAUGGUAGUCCGACAGCAGUAGGCAUUAUCGAAACUCAACUCAGCCCAGCACGAAUGACCCGCAUGUGUGCAGCAUUCGUCCAAGACCUUUGCGAGGGGACCCUCGGUGCCGCGCCGGAGCUGAGAUUGGAAGGCGAUCUGGACGUCACCUACACCGGUGUUCCCGUACAUCUCGAGUAUGUCAUGACCGAGCUUCUAAAGAAUUCCUAUCGUGCAACAACCGAGAAUUUCAUCAAGUCGCAACAACAUGGCUCCUCAUCAAUCUCGCUCAGCUCCAUGCCACCUGUCAUUGUCACCAUUGCGCAAUCAGCAAAUCACGUUUCGCUGCGGAUCAGAGAUGAGGGUGGAGGAAUCUCUCCACAGAACCUGCCUCACGUGUUCAGCUAUGCAUUCACAACGGCAGGUAGUGCAGAGCUUGAGGAUGCAGAAGAGACUGGUGGGGGACCGUAUGCGAUGCAAGCGGUGGGAGGAACCGGUGGAGACGCGCUAGCAGAGAUGGCUAAGAUGGGUCUAGCGUCAGGCUUGGGUACUCUUGCAGGUUUGGGUUACGGUCUACCAAUGGCAAGGAUCUACGCAGAGUACUGGAAGAAUGGCUCAGCGCUCGAUCUGGUUUCGUUAUACGGACAUGGCUGUGACACUUUCGUCAAGCUGCCAAGACAUAUUGAGCUCUCCAACACCGUUAUUUGA